AUGGAGGCCUACUUUGCCUCGCGCAAUGACCUUAUUUUGCAGGAUCGAUCGUCGCGACUAGAUGCGUACCAGCUCAAACAGGUCUCGGAUGUAGAAAAAGAAGCAGACGACAUUGUGCGCACCAUUCGCACCGUUGAAGCUAAUUCAGUCUGGGGAGUGAACAAGACGACCAUUUUCGACUACUCGCCUGACGACAACUCCCCCAAUGUCUUUCCCGGAAUGGCGUUCCUUACAGCACGGGACAUCGCGGUGCAUACGAAAGUGUUCCAUAUCAUGAGCAAGAUGCCCAAGGGUGCGCUCCUCCAUGCACACCUUUUUGCCACCGUCAGAGCUCGCAAAUUACUUGAGAUCGCUCUCACACAACCCGCAAUAUAUAUCCGCACUACAACCCGUCUUACACCAAGUAGUAUCAAGGCCACGCUGCCAUUAUUCAAGGCGCUUCCUUUCGCUCAGCGGACCAACUUGACAUCUUUGACAGAUGACGCAUACAUUCCUGGUGAAUUCGUACCGAUACGCGCAGCGAGGGAUAAUUUUGAUGUGAGCUUGGGUGGCCCGCGUGGCUUCGACGACUGGGUCAUUAGUUGCAUGGAAAUAAAUCCGUCAGAGGCCUACGGAACCCACAACACGACUGCAAAGAUCUGGGCCAAGUUUACGAGCACCUUCAAGGUCAAUGAGCCACUUUGCUUCCACAUGCCAAUCUGGAAGGCAUAUGUCAAGCAAUUUUUCCUGUCCUCCGUCGAAGACGGGAUCUCGUAUGUGGAACCGAGACUCAGCUUCUGGCAAAAGUUCUGCAGCGGCGAAGAUGGCGAGAGUAACAUCCCGCACCGAGAAUGGUUGAUGGCAUAUGACGGCGUCAUCAAGGAAGUGAAGGAGGAUCUGAAGAGACAAGGUCGGGAAAAUGCGUUUGUGGGCUCCAGAGUCAUAUAUUCCACCAUGCGCACGGAUUCCCCGGAACAGCUGGAAUGGUACCUUGAAGACUGCCUUGCACUCAAGCAAGAAUUCCCCCAUCUGAUCGCAGGUUUUGACCUCAUAGGGCACGAAGAUUCGUUGAGACCCUUGAUAGAAUACAUCAAGCCUCUCACUACGUUCCAAGAACGCCAGAAAGAGCUUGGGUUAGACAUCCCGUUCAUAUUCCAUGCCGGCGAGACUCUCGGAGACGGUACCGCUGCUGAUAUGAACCUAUAUGAUGCUAUACUCUUGGGUACCAAGCGCAUAGGCCAUGGCUUCUCCCUCGUCAAACAUCCCAAGUUAAUGGAGAUCUGCAAGGAGAAGAAGAUUGCGCUAGAAGUUUGCCCCAUUUCGAACGAGGUCCUACGCUUGACCACAUCUAUACCGAUGCACCCACUUGCGAUCAUGAUUAACCAUGGCCUUCCAGUUGUGCUGAGCUCGGAUGAUCCGGCUGCAUGGGGAAGCACGGGUAUGACAUAUGAUUUUUACCAGGUUCUUGUGUCGAGUGAAGUCUCUGGUUUGAUCACCAUGGGCGAACUUGCCCGCGAUAGUCUCAAGUACUCCUGUCUGGAUGACGACGAGAAGCAGCAUGCACUGGCUGCAUAUAAUGAGCAGUGGAGUAAGUUUGUCGAGUGGGUAGUUAAAGAAUACGGAACAAAUUUAAACAAGCCAGCGAGAUUGAACUAG